AUGACGAAGUCGCUGGGAUCCAGACUCUUCUACUUGAGCGUUCCGUUGGCUCUGUUGAACAUCGUGGCACUCCUGUGGUUCUUCCCGUCGAUGUAUGAAUGCCCGAGAUGGCUUCUGCAGCGUUUCCGGUACGGGAACGAAGAUAUAAGGGGGUUGCGACUGCUGCGGCAGGUUCGGAGGACCAAGUCCUCGGUGGAUUCGGUCGAGACGAUACCGCAGUUUUGGCCGGAGUUCCCCCUGACCCCCGAACAGUGCGAGAACGCGACGUUCGUCACCUCGAAGAACCGCGGCCGCCUCGGCAACACGAUCGCGGAGUACAUCACCGUCUUCUCCUACGGGAGGAAGCACGGGAAGAUCCCCGUGCUGAGUGGCACCCUGCUGGAGGAUCUCCUUCCACUAUUCCCCCAUUUGACCCUGCGUCGGGAGAAUGAGACCGGGUGCCACCCGAGGAACUGGACCGAGGCGGCCGUCAGCGAUCCGUACGGACUGAUUCAGACGCCGUGGAACGAUACGGAGUUCGUGAAGGAGAAGGACGUGUUUCUCACCCGUUAUCCUUUCGAUGGUAAAUUAUAUCAUGAAUUCAGGAGGGACUGGAUGCCUGAAUUUAAGUUCGACGCGGAGCUGAUGCACGAAGUGCGAUCCUUCUUUUCAUCCCUGUCUGCCAAAUACGGAAGAAACUCGAUAUUCAUCGGGAUUCACGUUCGCCGCACGGAUCAGAUCGACCACAAUCGGCACUGGUUCUGCGCCGAACCCGUGUCGGCUGCGUAUUACAGGCGAGCCAUGGAGCACUUCGGCCUGCUCUUCCCCAACGUCGUCUUCGUCCUCACCAGCGACGAAAUGGACUGGUGCAAGGAAAACAUCCGAAGCGUGGACGAAAGCAUGCCCGUGGUGUUCGUGGAGGGGAGGGGGAGGGACUUCGACUUCGCCCUUCUCUCCAAUUGCGACCACAGCAUCGUCUCCGUCGGGACUUUCAGCUAUUUCUCGGCCUACUUCGCCGGGGGUCUCGUCGUCGCUCCCAAGAUUGUCUCGGAGAAACCGCAACACAUUGACUUCCAAGUGUCUCAGACCGGAUUGGAAAACUGGAUAUUCGUCAACAAUGAUUGA